AUGGCCACAGUAGUAGAAUAUGACAGAGGGCCAAACGAGCACAGGGAGCGCGUUGCCCAACGGCUCGAGUUCCACGCGGCCGCUGCUUGGUUUGUGACGGGUUUCCAGACUUUUACAGGCAUUGCAGUUCUCGCACUCGUGGCUUGCCUGGCUUACGCCGAAGACGCCAAGAAAGCAAGUGAGAAGGAUGAAAAGAAGGAUGAGAAGAAGGACGUUGAGGGCCGUGGUGGUAUCCUAGGCGGGGUGGGCCUGGGUGGCGCCGGUUAUGGAACUGGAUUCGGUGCUGGCGUAGCUCCUGGACUCGUUGGAUCCGGUGUUGGAGCUGCGGGUCUUGGAGGUGUCGCAAACCCUGCCCUUGUCGGAUCGGGCGUUGGUCAUGGUGUUGGCGUUGGAGGAGCUGGGUUGGGCGUUGUCGGAAACCCAGCCCUUGUAGGAGCCGGUGUAGGUCACGCAUCUGGCGUUGGAGCCCCGGGUCUUGGCGUUGUCGGAAACCCAGGUCUUGUAGGAGCUGGUGUAGGUCACGCAGCUGGCGUUGGAGCCCCGGGUCUCGGCGUUGUCGGUAACCCUGCUGUAGUUGGAGCAGGCGUCGGUCACGGUGUCGGUCUGGGACACGGCGUCGGCCUUGGACAUGGAGUAGGUGGUGGCUUCCAGUCAGGAUAUGGCACCUCUGCCGGUGGCCACCAGUCUGGUUACCAAGGUGGAGCAGCCGGUCACAACCAGGGAUCCGGUGCCUUCGCUGGCGGCGCGUCCGGAAGCACCGUGAAUGCGUUCAAGAACGACGCGGGUUACAGCCACAGUUCUGGCUUCUCUGCCAGUGAGAGCAAGAACUUCGGUGCGGGCCACAAGCAGGGAUCAUCUGGGUUCAACAGUGGCGCCGCUGGCCACCAGGCUGGCUUCGGCAAGACUGCUCAGGGAGGUACUGCUAGUGUCGGAGCGGUGGGCCUUGGCGUUUAUUAAUGAGCAAAAGAACUUCUCGUCAUCGUCAGCGUUAUUCUUCGUGGCCACAUUCAAAUCAGUCAACUCGUGUGUUGUAUGGCAAAAAUAAACUCAUUGGCAUUCUUCUG